CUCAGGUUGGACGUAGUGCGGCGCCGCGGGCUGGCGCGAGGGUGCGAGGCAAGAUGGCGCUGACUCAGGGCACUAAGCGAAAAGUCUGUUACUACUACGAUGGAGAUGUCGGGAAUUACUACUAUGGGCAGGGCCACCCAAUGAAACCCCAUCGAAUCCGAAUGACUCACAACCUGCUACUAAACUAUGGACUCUACCGGAAGAUGGAGAUCUAUCGGCCCCACAAAGCCCAUGCGGAUGAGAUGACCAAGUACCACAGUGAUGACUACAUUAAGUUUUUGCGCUCUAUCCGUCCUGAUAAUAUGUCGGAGUACAGCAAGCAGAUGCAGAGAUUUAAUGUUGGUGAAGACUGCCCAGUGUUUGAUGGCUUAUUUGAGUUCUGUCAGCUAUCCACCGGUGGAUCUGUAGCUAGUGCAGUGAAGCUUAAUAAACAGCAGACGGACAUUGCUGUGAACUGGGCUGGGGGCCUGCACCACGCUAAGAAGUCUGAAGCUUCUGGCUUCUGUUACGUCAAUGAUAUUGUGUUGGCUAUCCUGGAACUGUUAAAGUACCACCAGAGGGUGCUGUACAUUGACAUUGACAUUCACCAUGGCGAUGGCGUGGAAGAAGCCUUCUACACCACAGAUCGGGUCAUGACAGUGUCCUUUCAUAAGUAUGGAGAAUACUUCCCGGGAACGGGUGACCUACGGGACAUUGGAGCUGGCAAAGGCAAAUACUAUGCUGUCAACUACCCGCUUCGAGAUGGGAUCGAUGACGAGUCUUAUGAGGCCAUUUUCAAACCAGUUAUGUCCAAGGUGAUGGAGACCUUUCAGCCCAGUGCAGUGGUCUUGCAGUGUGGUUCUGAUUCCUUGUCCGGAGACCGAUUAGGCUGUUUCAACCUUACCAUUAAAGGCCAUGCCAAGUGCGUGGAGUUUGUCAAGAGCUUCAAUCUGCCCAUGCUGAUGCUGGGAGGGGGCGGCUACACCAUCCGCAAUGUAGCCCGGUGCUGGACGUACGAGACAGCUGUGGCCUUGGACACAGAGAUUCCCAACGAACUUCCCUACAAUGAUUACUUUGAAUACUUUGGACCGGAUUUCAAACUUCACAUCAGCCCAUCUAACAUGACAAAUCAGAAUACCAAUGAGUACUUGGAGAAGAUCAAGCAAAGGUUGUUUGAGAACCUUCGGAUGUUGCCACAUGCUCCUGGUGUCCAGAUGCAGCCCAUUCCUGAGGAUGGGAUACAGGAGGACAGUGGAGAUGAGGAUGAAGAAGAUCCUGACAAGCGAAUUUCAAUAUGCUCCUCAGACAAGAGAAUUGCAUGUGAGGAGGAGUUUUCAGACUCAGAUGAAGAAGGGGAGGGUGGUCGCAAGAACUCAGCCAACUUCAAGAAAGCCAAGAGAGUUAAAAUGGAAGAGGAGAAGGAUCGAGAGCCAGAGGAGAAAAAAGAAGCAAAAGAGGAGGAGAAGACAAAGGAAGAGAAACCUGAAGCCAAAGGGGUGAAGGAGGAAACCAAGUCGGCCUGAGCGAUCCAGCUUUCCUUGGGGCCUGCUGCCCAUACCUCCUUCCUGUUUCCUUACCCCUACAUCCUCAGAGUUUAUAUUUUCUAUAUGUCUCUCUAUUUAUAUAUAAAUAUAUGAACUAGAACUGUCCCUACAACACAGGAACUAGGGGGUUUGCUGUUGGCUACCCGAUCCAAUGCCUUUGUUGCCUUGUACACCUGAGACCCAGUCAGGUGAAUCCAUUUCUUCAACCCCUUGCCUGACUUGCUGUUUAGGGCCUGGGAGCAUUUUUUCUAGGUGGGUUAUUUUUAAGAUGACAUAGGACACAUUGCCCUAGGUGGCUGGGUUGGGUAGCCUCCACAGCCCCCCUUAUCUCUCCCUCCUCCCCCCCCCCCCCCCCCCCUCUCUCUCUCUCUCUCUCUCUCUCUCUCUCUCUCUCUCGGCCUUUUUUAUUCCUCUAAAUUUAAUUUGAAACUCAGUGAAGUUUUCGAAAGCAUGACAGGUAAUAUGUCUGUCCAGCUUCCUCUGGCGGUUCCUGUGUAGGUCCAGGUAUUUAGCCAACCACCUUCCCCUGUCCUGAGGUGAAGUUAGCGUCUGCUCACAGAUGCUAUGCCUGGUUCCCUCGGUCCAUGGGCAUGUGGCAGGGAUGUGCCUUCUUGCUGGUUCACCUCUUGUUAGCCAGGGGCACCUUGUGCUUCCCAUACCUCAGCAGAUUCUAGGCUAAGGGCUCUUGGCUCCCCUUUCACUGGUAUCAAAUAGUCCCCCCCUUUUUUCCCCUGGCUAGGACCCACCGAUGUCGACUGUUUGUGUGAGAGUGGUCUGGGUUGGAAUCUAUGGUGUGGUUUCCAUUUUGAGAUUAUUUUUGUUUUUUGAAGAAUCUUUGUAAUAAAACUGGUACAUUUUUA